GCUGCAGCUCUGGUGAUGCUUAGCAAGCUUCGCCUCCACUCUUGCAUCUGAAAGCAGGAGAGAAGCAAGGACUUCCUGUGUGAUCUCGUUCAGCUGACUACAGCCUAGCUUCCUCUCCGGGAGCUUUCUGCUUCUGCAGACCGGGGACGAGGAAGGUUUGUGAGGGUUGCUGCAAAGCUCCGAGAGCCGCCCGGGACCUCCGUGCACCAGAAGUAAUAGAAGCAACCAUAAAUGUGGAUCGUUCACAGCAGCGGGUCAAGCUUUUCCUGUUUCCCUGCCUCCCAGCGACUCUGCGCGCCUGCCUCGGCUCAGCAGCCCUGCCGCAGAUAGCCUCGGUGGAGCGGGGCUGAUGGCCGUGGAGCUCCUACCGGCCUUCACCAUCACCACAGUCACCCGUCUGAGUGCCUGGUAGAGAAUUACGGUCUAAAACUUCGCCUUUCAGUCGGCUGUAGUGCCGCAGGAAGCUCGAGGGGGAAGUAGCGGCAGAGCGAGGCGCAGCAUCGCACCGUGCAUGGUGCUGCGGUUUGGGGGCGAGUGGAUGCGCAAACGAAGCUGACCCAGAGAUGGCUGUUCUGAAACUGGCCGACCAGCCUCCUCUUAUCCAGGCGAUCUUCAGCGGAGACCCUGAAGAGAUCCGAAUGCUUAUAUACAAAUCUGAAGACAUCAAUGCCCUGGAUCCAGAGAAACGCACCCCGCUGCAUGCAGCAGCGUUCCUGGGAGAUGCAGAGAUCAUCGAGCUCCUCAUCCUCUCCGGGGCCAGAGUCAAUGCCAAAGAUAACAUGUGGCUUACCCCUCUGCAUCGCGCCGUGGCAUCCCGGAGUGAGGACGCCGUGCGGGUUCUGAUCCGACACUCUGCAGACGUGAACGCGCGGGACAAGAACUGGCAGACGCCGCUGCACGUCGCCGCCGCCAACAACGCUCUGAGGUGCGCCGAGGUCAUCAUCCCCCUGCUGAGCAGCGUCAACGUGUCGGACCGCGGCGGGCGGACCGCGCUGCACCACGCCGCCCUCAACGGCCACACAGAGAUGGUGAACCUGCUGCUCGCUAAAGGAGCCAACAUCAACGCCUUCGACAAGAAGGACGGCCGGGCGCUGCAUUGGGCCGCUUUCAUGGGUCAUUUGGAAGUAGUGCGUCAGCUGGUGAGUCAGGGUGCAGAGAUCAGCUGUAAGGACAAGCGGGGGUACACGCCUCUCCACACUGCAGCGUCCAGCGGACAGCUGGCCGUGGUCAAACACCUGCUCAACCUGGCUGUAGAGAUCGACGAGGCCAACGCGUUUGGCAACACGGCGCUCCACGUCGCCUGUUUCAACGGCCAGGACGCCGUCGUCAGUGAGCUGAUUGACUACGGCGCCAACGUCAGCCAGCCCAACAACAAAGGCUUCACCCCGCUGCACUUCGCUGCUGCCUCCACACACGGAGCGCUCUGCCUGGAGUUCCUGGUCAACAACGGGGCUGAUGUUAACGUGCAGAGCCGAGACGGGAAGAGUCCUCUCCACAUGACGGCGGUUCACGGUCGCUUUACCCGCUCACAGACCCUCAUCCAGAACGGCGGAGAGAUCGACAGCGUGGACAAGGACGGCAACACCCCGCUUCACAUUGCCGCCCGCUACGGCCAUGAGCUCCUCAUAAACACGCUCAUCACUAGCGGAGCGGACUGCACAAGACGAGGAGUCCAUGGGAUGUUUCCUCUCCACCUGGCGGCCUUGAACGCUCACUCCGACUGCUGCAGGAAGCUGCUGUCCUCAGGUCGGAGGUUUAGCAUAAUGUGUAACGACUCGGUCCUGUCCGCAGGCUUCCAGAUAGACACCCCGGACAGCCUCGGGAGAACGUGCCUGCAUGCAGCAGCUGCUGGAGGUAAUGUGGACUGUGUCAAACUGCUGCUGAGCAGUGGGGGGGAACACAACCGCAGAGACAAAUGUGGCAGGACUCCGCUUCAUUAUGCAGCAGCCAGCCGUCACUUCCAGUGUCUGGAGACCCUGGUAGCUUGUGGCAUUGACAUUAAUGCGACCGACCAGUGGGGGCGCUCUGCCCUGCACUACGCUGCAGCCUCAGACCUGGACAGAAGGCGGCGUGUCGCCCUGGAGCCAGAGAGCGAGGGAGUGCAGGCGGAGAGGGAGAAGGAGGCUGCGCUAUGUUUGGAGUUCCUGCUGCAGAGCGGAGCCACAGCCUCGGUCAAAGACAAACAGGGCUACAGUCCUGUCCAUUACGCUGCCGCCUUCGGACACAGGCACUGUCUGGAACUGCUGCUGAACAGAGACGAUGGGCCUCAAGAAGAUCCUGAGUCUCCUCAUGCCAGGAGCCCUCUGCACCUCGCUGCGUACCACGGCCACGCCCAGGCUCUGGAAGUCCUGCUGCAGGGGGAGAGGGAGGUGGACCAGACAGACGAGGCAGGACGGACCCCUCUGGCCCUGGCCGCCCUCCGGGGCCACACCGACUGCGUUCACACGCUCCUCAGCCAGGGGGCGUCGCCACACUCCAGUGACCAGCAGUACGGCCGUUCACCUGUUCACCUGGCAGUGAUGAACGGCCAUACGACGUGUGUGCGCCUCCUGCUGGAUGAAUCGGACGGUGCGGAGCUCAUUGAUGCCGCCGACUCUCAGGGACAGACGCCUCUGAUGCUGGCGGUGGCUGGAGGUCACGUCGACGCCGUGUCGCUGCUGCUGGAGCGGGAGGCCAACGUCAACAUGGCCGACAGCCACGGCCUCACAGCCCUCCACCUCGGGCUGCUGUGUGGUCAGGAGGAGUGCAUCCAGUGUCUGCUGGAGCAAGAGGCCUCGGUGUUGCUAGGAGACUCUCGGGGUCGCACCGCCAUCCACCUGGCCGCCGCGCGAGGCCACGCCUCCUGGCUGAGCGAGCUUCUGAGCAUUGCCUGCUCAGAGUCGCCCUCUCUGCCCCCACUGAGAGACCAAGGCGGGUACACGCCUCUGCACUGGGCCUGCUACUACGGCCAUGAAGGGUGUGUGGAGGUUCUGCUGGAGCAGAAAGGCUGCCGGUGCAUUGACGGGAAUCCGUUCACUCCUCUACACUGCGCGGUGUUGAACGAUCACGAGCCGUGUGCGUCGCURCUGCUGGAGGCCAUGGGGUCGGACAUCGCUGGCUGCAGUGACGCUAAGGGCAGGACUCCUCUCCAUGCCGCGGCGUUCAGCGGCCACGUAGACUGCAUCCAGCUGCUCCUUUCCCAUGAUGCACCUGUGGACCCCGCAGACCAGUCAGGCCGCACUGCACUCAUGAUGGCAGCUGAGAAGGGCCGGGCCGAAGCUCUUGACUUGCUGUUGACCAGCGCGAACGCCAACCUCAGUCUAACAGAGAAAGAUGGCAACACUGCCCUGCAUCUGGCUUGCAGUAAUGGGAAAGAAGACUGUGUGCUGUUGAUCAUGGAGAAGAUGUCUGACUCUUCACUUAUAAAUGCCACAAACGCAGCGCUGCAAACUCCGCUCCACCUGGCUGCCCGCAGCGGCCUGAAAAGGGCGGUCCAGGAGCUGCUGUCCAGAGGAGCCAAUGUCCAGACGGCCGAUGAGAACGGUCUGACCCCUGCUCUGGCUUGUGCUCCUAGCAGAGAGGUGGCUGACUGUCUGGCUCUCAUUCUGGCUACCAUGAUGCCUUUCUGCUCCCCUUGCAGCUCUGGAGCUCCCUCCCCAGGCUCCCUGCUGAGGCAGCUGCCCCACCAGGGGGGUAAAGGCGUGGCCGCCGGCCCUCGGGGACCCCGCAGCCCCAGGAACCCCUCGGGACCUUCCAGCGAGGGAACUACUGAGAACGACUCGGAGGACUCUGAAACGUUUUGACGAUCCUUACCUCGAGCUGGUCACCCGGACUCCUCAGCAGAACGGUGCUCCUGCCAAGCAGAGCGGGACGCUGGUCAGCAUGGAGCUCCAAGGGAUUCAGUGUUACGGAAAGAAGCAACUUUACAAUCAUCAUUUACAGAUAUUACAAAAAAUAUAUAUAAAAUAAUAAUCUCAGAAAAUAAUUUCUAAUUUAUUCUUUAAAUAAUUUAUAUU